GCCGAUCUCCCACCCACCUUCCUUGACCAGGCGAGUGCGCCUCGGCAGCUAAAGGCGCCGGUGAUUAGACUCGGUUCACAAUUAGUUUAGUGUCCAUGUCAAAAAGGCCAGCGCCUUUUCACUAGCUUCUCCUCUGGAGAUGCAUUUGUUUAUCCAGUAGCAGCCUAAUUAGCAGACGCCACAUGUUUCGCUAAGCAUCGUGCUGAUUGAAAUGGUGCUGUCACCUAGUAUCUACUAGUACUUAAUUAUUUCACUGGUUAGUUAGCUCUUCUGUUAAAUUCUGGUGGUGGCUCCACCGAUUGGCUCUUCUUUUGGAUUUUGAUCCCACUGAUUGGCUAUUGUUUUCUUGGCUCGUCGUUGUUGCUUUCAGUGCCCUAUCCCUGCGUAUGAUCACUGAUCAGUACUUCAGUAUAGUUAGUUCAGUACCCCCAUGUGUACGUGCUCUUGUUUCAGUGUUCUUUAUGUGCCCUUCAGAAACUGAUCAGCACAUAACCAGUUAUGUUAUUCACCUUUUGUUAACAUUUUGAGCUAUGGUAUUUUUUCUUCUUCUUACUUUCUGAACUUUGCUGGGCACUACUAAAUGUUUUGAACUCGUUGGGAUUGACUAGAGAAAUGAAUUUGUGAAAUUUCAAAAAGAUUUUCCACGACCUUGUGCAGUACCAAUAUGUUUUUAUGUGAUUGGUCCAGCUUCAGCCAACAAGUAUACCCCCAAUCUAUCUCUUUGUCCUGCUCAUUGUCUGGUUCCUAUUGCUUCCUGAUUUUAUAAGGCAUGGAUUGGUGGCAGUUGAUUUUGAAAAACUACUCUCUUUUUCUCCUGCAGUGCUCUUACAUCUCUUGUAGCUAGCUGGAAAAGCGAGCUUGCAUGAUGGACGACUCUUCAACUAGGAGCCAUGUUUCUGAGGGGAAUCGUAUGGGCUAUGUAAGAAGUGAAUCCAUGGAUUCCACUGGCCAUCCUUCGGCUGCUAGGUCAGGCUCACUGCUAAGUAGGAGAAGUAGCAGGCCCAGUUCAAGGGGAUCCAUCAGCCUCUCUCGCGAGAUGGGGGACUCGAUCCUGAACUCAAUGAGGCAUUCCCUUCAGUCAGCAGACCAGUUGCUAGGUGACGCCGAUAGCUCGGCUUUGGCUCAGGUCAUUGACAGUGGUGACCGAGUGCUGGUGUUGGAAGACGAGCCUGAUGAAGAUACAUCAAAUACCUUGGAUCAGCAUAAGCUUGGUCCUAUCCGAGAUAAUCGAAUCCAUGGCUACAGCUCACAUGGCACAGGUGUGCCAGCGCCUGAAUCUUCUGUGGAGCCAAAGGGCGAGAGCCAAUCAGUCAAGGUUGAACAAUAUAUGCUUUCUCGGAGGCUAGAUUAUGCUUCUUACCUGAUCCAUUUAGCUGCAUUUGGAUUAUUUGGGGUAUUUACAAGGUACGGGCUCCAAAAGCUGUUCGGCCCAGGCUGCCUGGCACUCACCUCCAACCAAAGCCCGUUGUACCUUGAUCUUCCAUCAAACAUGCUAGGAUCCUUCCUGAUGGCCUGGUUUGGGAUCAUCUUUAAGACAGACAUUCGGCACAUAUCUGAACAUUUCAUUGUUGGAAUCACAACCGGAUACAUGGGAAGCCUUACCACCUUCAGUGGGUGGAAUCAAGCGAUGGUUAGCAUGUCUUCCAAAGACCAUUGGGCAUAUGCCAUAGCUGGCAUAGUAUUAGGAAUGUUCAUUGUCAAUGAGUCCAUCAGGGUGGGUGCUGAAACAGGUGAGCGAAUACGAAGCUGGAUCCUGAAAUGCAUCAAGGAAAAUAGUCCAAUAGGAAGCAAAUGUAACUGGGAGCACCUGAAAGUCAACACUAGGACUAAACAUUUUGUGCUUAUAGCAGUUAUGAUGAUUUUGCUUUCUUUUGUGUGGGUUCUGAGCAUCGUGUUGGCCAUAAUAAAGGUGCGCAAUCUUGAUGAUGGCGCUGUACUGUGGUUGGGGUGCGUGGUUGCGCCUCCGGGCGUUUGGUUACGCUGGUACUUGGCAAGGCUCAAUGGCCAGGGAAUCGGCAAACAGAGAUGCCUCAAAUGGCUGCCCAUUGGGACACUUGUAGCCAAUGUUCUUGCUGCGGGUAUCAUGGCAUCACUGGCCGUGACCGCCAAAGCGGUGAAUACAGAACGUUCGACAACUAUUCUUAAUGGCAUACAGUUUGGUUUCCUCGGCUGCUUGAGCACAGUGUCUACUUUUGCUGCUGAAAUCUACGCUAUGCGAAGCAGCGGACAGAUCGGUAGGGCCUUUGUCUAUGCCACAGCGACCUUCGUGCUCUCUUUCAUGCUGGGAACUCUAGUAUACUCUGUGCCAGUAUGGGUCAAGCAUUACCAAUAGCUUCAUGAAGUAUUACAGACUUGAAGGCAUUGGUGCUAUUUUGCUGCUUGCAACAUCCAAGCAGAUAGUGCAAUUCUCAGCAUAUAUAGUUCGGCCUUUCUAGGGAAAUGUGUUUGCUUCUUUAAGAUAUUUGAUGUACAUUGGCGUUUUGCAGCAGAAAAUGUUUGUAUACUACAUCUGCCAUUGUAAUCCUGUGGACAACAAAAUUCAUAUUUAUGGAGUAUGUA